CCGGUGUUGUGUGAGUGAGAGAGCGAGUGAGUGAGUGAGUGAGUGAGUGAGUUGUGGGGACUCGGCUUGUUGUUGUCGGUGACUUCCCCCUCCCCUCCACCCCUCCCCCUUCCCCGCCGCCGCUGCAGUGGCCGCUCCCUGUGCCGUAGGAAAUGAGCGAUAACGAUGACAUCGAGGUGGAGAGCGACGCUGACAAACGGGCUCACCAUAAUGCACUGGAGCGAAAACGUAGGGACCACAUCAAAGACAGCUUUCACAGUUUGCGGGACUCAGUCCCAUCACUCCAAGGAGAAAAGGCAUCUCGGGCCCAAAUCCUAGACAAAGCCACAGAGUAUAUCCAGUAUAUGCGAAGGAAAAACCACACACACCAGCAAGAUAUUGACGACCUCAAGCGGCAGAAUGCUCUUCUCGAGCAGCAAGUCCGUGCACUGGAGAAGGCGAGGUCGAGUGCCCAGCUGCAGACCAACUACCCCUCCUCAGACAACAGCCUCUACACCAACGCCAAGGGCAGCACCAUUUCUGCCUUCGAUGGGGGCUCAGACUCCAGCUCGGAGUCAGAGCCCGAAGAGCCCCAAAGCAGGAAGAAACUCCGGAUGGAGGCCAGCUAAGCGAAGCGGGGCAGGCCAGCAAUAAAAAACUGUCUCCUCCGUCGUCUCAUCUUUCAGUUCAUCGUUAGAACCUUUUAAGAGACUAUUUUUCUUAUGCUUCUUUUUUUUUUUUUUUUUUUUACAUAGAAGCUCUUGGACAACAGCUCUUGUUCUCCAUUUCCACUACUUUUUUUUUUUUGUUUUUGUUUUUAAUGUUUUCCCUUCAGGGAUUCCCUGUUCCCACCAGGAAUUUUUAAACCAAAACACCCCAACUUGGCAGCUUUUUCUGUGGAGGACAGACGGCCGGCCGGACCUCUGAGCACAUGGUGUCCUAACCGCCCCACCAGCUCCUCCAGCCCUGCCGGGCACCACCGCCUGGAGGACUCCUUCCCCUCACAGGCCUCUCCUCCCAGUCCGCCCUCACCUGUAUUUGAUGGACUUUGUGAAUCUGUGAAGUGCUCUACUUUGAGAAGAUGAUCAGCUUGGAAUAAUCAGAAUUAUCUCCACCUCCCAUUUAAGGAUUUUUUUCCCCCCUAAAAAAGCUCUUUAUCACUCUUAUUAAAAGACCAGAUCUUUGAAGAAGUUUGUGGUGUAAAAGGAAAGUGGGGACAGCUUUGCAGCUCAGAGUCUGGCAUGUUUCACCCCUGCUUCUCUCAGCAGCUGUUCUAAGCCUGCAUCGCCAGCCCUGUGGAGGGCUGCGUGACCCUCUGUGAUAUGGAUGAGAGAAAGCAGCAGUGAAGCAUUAGCCACCAGGGAGUUGGUAGUGGGUGUUUUUGGGGGGAUGGGACAGGGAGUGGGGCGGCUUGGGUGGGGGUAGAGGUUUUGUAUUGAGGGCCAGUGAUGAUGUUUUGAUAUUUAUUUCCUGCUACUGAAAUUUGAAUCUGAGUGAAUUGUUCCUAUUUCUGAUGACGUCGGUAUUGCAAAGCAACAGAUUCAUAAAGUAAUGAUCAAAUCUUCCUUUCUUUCCGUGUGCAUUUCUAAGAAAUAGAGCCAACUGAUUUUGUAUGUAAAUACCAAGAGCAAUUUACCUGGUACUAAACCCGCAUACACCGGUGCGGACCCUUCCCUGCCCUCACCCUCUUCCUUUCCUUCCACCCUGGAGCCUGUCUCUCUUAUGUGAUCCAGCCCUGGUUCUGGCUGUGGUCAGCAGAUCCCAGUGAAGGGUUUUGUGUGUUUAGGCUUCAUUUCUUUGUCUUUUUCCUACUCUGUUCCCAGCAUUUGCUGAUUUCUAGUGUAUACUCUGUAGUCUCAGUCUGUGUUUGAUUCCAUUCCAUGGAAAUAAAAAGUAUGUUGUACAUACUGCGGAAGAAUUGUCUUGCAAGUUAAGGCUUCCCCCUUUACUAUAAGACUAUAAAUAAAAACUUAUUUUAUCCUUA